AUGUAUUCAAACGCAGUGAAAAUAGGAGGAUUAAAUGACUACCUAAGUCCAAGUGCAGAUUGUGUGCUUCCACUGAUUAAGAAGGACGAAAAAUGUGAAAUAAAACUGAAUGAUAAAACACUUAAUUUAGAUAGGCACGCGGACCAGAGUUUUAAGAGUAAUGUGCUGAAAGAGGAUAUAUACGCAAACAACAAGCUAAAAGUGACAAGGGUGGAUAAAAAUAAUAAAAUUUCAGUGGGAUUGAGCGACUGUUUGUCAUGUUCAGGAUGUCUCACAUCCUCAGAGGAAAUCCUGUUGAAGGACGAUAAUUACAGCAGAGUAGUGGAGAAAAUGAAGGAAUCUAACGUCUGUGUAGCGUCAAUAUCACCUCAGACGGUAUUUAUGUACUCGAGUUACUACGAUAUGGAAGCAGAAGAAGUGUUGCAAAGAUUGAGCUACUUAUUUAGAAAACUAGGAGCGAAACUAGUGUUUGACAUUGGAUUCUCAGAGCUACUGGCUUUAAAUCUGAGUAAGAAAGAGUUUAUGGCAAAAUAUCAGAGGAAGCAAACAGGGAGUACCUCAGGCAGCCCUAAUCACACUAAAAAGGACGCGGAAAGGGAGGCGACAGCCGAUAGCGCGAGCGACGAAAAUAGAUGCUCCAGGCUCCCAAUAAUAAGUAGCCACUGCCCAGGGUGGACUCUCUACGCGGAAAAAACACUGGACCAGGACUUAGUGGAUAAAAUAAGCGAAGUGCCGAGCAGCCAGAUUAUCCAAGGACUGCUAGUUAAGAUUCUGUGCCACACCAUGAACUAUUACAGGAGAAUAUACAACAUAAACUACUUUAGACUGUUUUAUUCACUGGAUCUUACACACGAUAAAGAUAGUAAAAACGAUAAAGUAUACCACGUAUGCAUAGUACCAUGUUAUGAUAAGAAGUUUGAAACGAUAAGAACUGAAUAUCAAAUCGACUUCAAUUCACUGUUAGACCACAAACAAUAUGAUAGUAAAGACCAAGAUCAACACGAACAGGAAAAAAAUGAAGAACAAGUGGACGAAAAGGAAAGUAUAGUUGAUGAUAUACUAUCAACGAGCGACGUUCAGAAGAUACUGGAUGACAUGAAUAUCAGAUUCGAAGAUUUGAAGAAGUGUGAGAUCGAUUACUUGGUUGACUAUACAUAUUACUUCAAUAGAUUCAUGGGCCUAAGGAGAUCAAAAGAGUCGGAAGAAAGAGAAAGGUUUCGAAGAGUCAGAGAAAACGAUGACAUAUAUGACAGCAUCAGCCUGAGGAAACUGAUCAGAAGCUCGGAGCUGUACUGCGAAAGUGGAGGAUUCGCAGAAGAAAUAUUCAAAUGGGCGUGCAAGGAGAUACACAGUAAGUCGAUUAAAAGUGUCGAGUUCAAGCAGACCAUAAACAGCGACUUCAAGGAAUGCGUACUGUACGACAGCAACAACGAAAAGGUGCUGCUAAGGUUUAUUAUCGCAUACGGAUUCAAAAACGUAAAAAACGUAAUCAAGAUGCUGAAAACAAUGCAAAGCUCGAGUAACAGAAGCUCUAAAAAUGACGUAAUCGGGGGCAGUAGAUUGGACUACAUAGAGCUGAUGUCGUGUCCUGGGGGAUGCUUCAACGGAGCUGGACAAGCGAUUGUCAGCAAAAGGAAGGCAGAAAGGGGGCUAAUUGAAUCAAUAAGCAAGUACGCUCCCGCGGAACUGGUCAGGUGGCUAAAAACGAAUGACGGGAAAGACGUGGAGACAUUGAGUUCGAACUCGCUAGAAAAUUUCAUAAAACAGACUACCUACGCAAACACGGACAACACCGUGUGUGAAUACUUCGCAAGUUUGAUUAAAACACUCGAGGUCAAAUACCGGUUAAAGUCGAUGACGACUACCAAUACAAAUAUUAACCUACAAUGGUGA